AUACUAUAUAUUUUUUAUUUUUCGCUCAAUAGUUAAUUAUAAAUGAAAUGUUUUAUUUCACUUUGCUUCUGGUAGUUUCUUCCACUGUUUUUGCAAUAGACAGAGACACCAAGUUAGAGGCUAACCCAUACGCUAAGGUUCAUAUCAGAAACAAAGCGCAUUUGUUGGAGCGGCUCUCGCAGAUUUUUAACGCCGCAACCAGUGAGGACAUCGCCGGGUUCUCAAAGGAUCUGCUCAGGCGCAAGUUCGGAAAGGGUGAACUGCUGGAUUAUUCCUACCGGAAUCUCGAAAGAUCUGAUUUUGUAGGAAUACUCCCGAGGUGUGUAUGCAAUUAUUUGACCUGUAAUUUACCCAUUUGUGCCGCUCUUUGCUUUAACAACGACAUCAAAAGCGAGAAAUUAUUCGACUGCCUCUCUUGCUUCGGAGAGUGUAUUCCCAUGUUCUUACGCUGUAUUACUGGUGAUCAACAUUAACUAGUAGUAUUCCGUUAAAAUUAGUAUUGAUUCAAUUUUAAGAUUACAUUUUG